CACUCGUUACCCCACUUCUCACCCCCGAGAAUUACGUAUAAGAGAACCGCUUCCCCGAAGAAUAGCAAUUGAAAAUCCACUUUCUCAACAUUCUCACCGUUAACCUAAACAUGCCGAGAUUGACAGACGACCCAGAAGAAGGGCAAUUUUCCCGCUUCAACUCCAGAUACAAUCUCAAGAAGAUUGCCAUCAUCGGCGGUGUGGCCGUUGUCGGCCUCCUUGGUUUGACUGCAGUCUACACCACCCUCAAGGGGGAUGACUUGCAAUUGGGCGAACCAAAGUGUCCGCUUCCAGCUUACUUCUCCGCCAAUUCCACCGCGAUCACCGACAGAUCCAAGCAAUUCCUCUCCGACAAGGAGUUCAUCGCCCAGUCUUACGAAAAGCUCUCCCAGGCCGUCAAGGUUCCGACCGAAGUCUACGACGGCCAGCCAGAGGUGAAGGAUCAUCCUGAAGUCUGGGCAAAGUUUGGAAAGUUCCACCACUACUUGGAGAAAACCUUCCCUACCGUGUAUGAGCACUUGCAGGUGGACAAGGUCAACACCUGGGGGUUAGUUUUCACAUGGAAGGGGAAAAACGCUGACUUGAAGCCAGUCUUGUUGACUGCACACCAGGACGUGGUUCCGGUGCAGGCAGACACGAUCAAAGACUGGAAGUACGAUCCGUUUUCCGGCCACAUUGGCAAGGACUUUAUCUACGGUCGCGGGGUUUCAGACUGCAAGAACUUGUUGGUUGGGUUAAUGGAGACGGUUGAGCAGUUGCUUGCCGAUGGCUUCAAGCCCCAAAGAUCGAUUGUGUUGGCGUUCGGGUUUGACGAAGAGGCUUCCGGUGGACACGGUGCUCGCCACAUUUCCCACUUCUUGACCAAAAAGUACGGCAAGGACUCGUUCUACGCGGUGAUUGAUGAAGGCAGUUCCGGUUUGAUUAAGGGCGGAAGUGGUCAGUACUAUGCACAGGUUGCCACCGGCGAAAAGGGUUUUUUUAACGCUGAGAUCCAGCUCACGACGCCUGGUGGACACUCCUCUGUCCCUCCUGACCACACCUCUAUCGGUAUUAUGAGCAGUUUGGUCAAGCUUCUUGAAACGGAAACGUUUGAACCGAUUCUCACGGAUGAAAACCCUACAAUGGGCUUCUUGCAGUGUUUGGCUGAGCACGAUACUUCGCUCCCAACAAAGUGGAGGUCCACCAUCUUGAAAGCUGUCCAUAACAAGGCUGCUAACUUGAAGGUGUUGGAGUACCUUUCUUCCUCUAAGUUGUCCAAGUUCUUGGUGCGCACUUCCCAAGCCGUUGAUAUCAUCAAGGGUGGGGCCAAGUCCAACGCCUUGCCGGAACACGUUUCUAUUAUUUCCAACUACCGUGUUGCCAUUGGAUCCAACGUAGCCGAAACGGUUGACCACGUUUCGUCUAAAAUCCAAAGAGUCGCGCAAGAGUACAAUGUCGGCUACGUGGAUGCAUCCGGGAAGCAGGUCUACGACAUCUCCAACAGCAACGGCUACUUCAACAUGUCUGUUUUGACGCCUUUGGAACCAGCUCCGUUAUCCCCAACUACCAAGGACUCUAAGGUCUGGAUGGCAUUCGGCGGAGCCUUGCGUCACUUCUACAAGAAUGUUGUGGGUAUUAAAGAAGAGGUUAUUGUCACGCCUGGCAUUAUGACUGGUAACACUGACACCAAAUACUACUGGGACUUGACCAGAAAUAUUUACAGAUUCAUUCCAGGGUACACGGACACCGUUACCAGUUUGAUAGAAUUGGGGAUCCACUCUGUGAACGAGAAGUUGCCAAAGGUGUCCCAUCUUCACGUGAUUGCUUUCUACUAUGAGUAUUUGCAGGCCAUUGACAAGGAAGCUGAUGAGGAAUAGCCGAACCGAUUUUCCGAUAGUUUACGAUUUUCCAAAUUUUAAAUUUUCCUAUGAAAACGAAUAAAUAUGAUAAUCGUACAUAAGUGGGCUGUUUGUCCCACUGUUACGUAUAUAAGGCGUAGGUUAAUUUGC